AUCAGACACCAAUGAUUCACUUGGCAGAACUGACAGUACGGCAUAAUUUGCGCUUGCUAUUGUUGUUUCACGAAAAUGUAACGUAAAAUUUGAGAAAAAAUCGUAACGUCGAUGUGAUUUGUGAGACUGUGAGUGUAAUAAUUUAAAACUUAUAACGAGUUAAAGAUUAGUGUUUUUCUGCAUACGAUUGUGUUGAUAACUUUAACAAACUUUAAAAAUAAACUGUACCUAGUUACUCUACGUUAUAAUAUAUUUCUUUACGUGAUACAGAGGUAUACAGUGGUUAAUACUACAUUGGGAUGUUUUUCAAAGAUAAAUGAUAAUAAAAUGAGUGCGGAUGAUAAGAUUGACAAGAAAUCGAAGGACAGCGAGUGUUAUUUCUGCAAUGAUUUGUUCGAGUUAGGACAGUUACAGAGCCACCUGAAGCUAUGUGGCAGCAUCUUGGAGCAGUGCCCGUUGCGCUGCGGCGCCUGGAUCCAGAGGAAACACAAAGAGACACAUGUCAAGGAUUGUCCAAAGAUGGAAAAGAAUCGCUCCACAUCAUCACCAACGCACGCUCGGAACGCUGACCCCUCCCCCCCAGAACCCAUCAAGAACCACACCUGGUCCCCCAGAGCUGUACCGCUGGAUGACUGCGUCACUUACCUUGAGAAAGAGGUCGCUAAUAUUAAACUAGUCAUCACAGAUGAAGUGAACUACCGCGACGUGCAAGCCACCGAGCUGGAGAGUCUUCGUUCAAAGCUGGUCUUAGUUGAGGAGCGGAGCCAGCACUUCCUUUCCACGCUGGUGUCGCUGCGAGCAGCUGUUGACGAUGAGGCGGAACGAGCAGCCAACUGGGCUGCGCAGUUCAAACACGACCUCUCUAAUGUGCAGCUAGCUUUACAGGAGCUGCAGAGUCAGCAGCUGACGACAGCCAUGCGGCUCGAGAGUACCGUCAGCAGCUUGGUGCACGAACAGCAUGAACGCGAGCUGUUGGAGACGGCGCUCACGCAGCACGACAACAGGAUACGAGCUGUUAACAAGCUAGAGGAAGUGAUCGAGUACAUAAAGCAGACGGUGGAAGAGGAGCGCGCGCGCAACGCAGAGAGUCGCGCGAUGCUUGAGCAGGAGCUGGUGGAAGCUCGCAGGUCUUCAGCACAGUUGGGGCAGCUGGCUGUCGUCACGGCGCAGCUGCAGAGUACUGCACACGAAAGGCCGGAAGUGGAUCGCCUGGCAGUGCUCGAGCUAGCCACAACAGAAGCCCGAGCAGAGACAGCGGAGCACGCUGCCCGCGUUGAUAUCGUUGCUCGAGACAUGAGAGCCCUCACCAAGUCGUAUCUCAAGCUGAGGAGCGAGCUAGCUGACUUCCAGGCUAGGGUGGGGUUUGAGCGCGCGGAGUUUGGCAGUGACGAUGGGCACCUUAUCUGGCGGAUCGACAACUUCACCGAGCGAAUGAAGGAUGCGAAAGCAAACGACACAGUGCUCACCAGCCCACUGUUCCGGACCAGCAAAUACGGCUACACUCUGAAGGCGGAACUGAACCUCAACGGCAUUGGCAAAUGGAAGGGACGGCACAUAACGUGCACCGUCCGGCUAGUCGGCGGGCCGUACGACGCGCUGCUGGAGUGGCCCUGCGAUAUAGCCAUCAAUAUCGUGCUGAGGGACCAACCUAACAACAGGAGUCAGGCAAUGGACAUAGUAAAGUCCCUGCAGCUCCGUCGCAAGUCGUCAUCCAAGCGGCACGACUACGAUUCGACCGAUGAGAAGACUCGCUCCACGGAAGCCCUGGAUAAGACCGUCACGCAACUCAAGCGACAGUAUAUCUUCAUACCGCACACGAGUUUGGACAAGUUCGAAUAUGUGAAGGGGGAUACUGUGUUCCUUGAGUUUAUUGUUAACCAAUAAGUCGGAAAAACGUAUGCUACCCUCUUCAGUAGAACUUUAUUUAUCUAUGUCAAUUCUGAAAUAUGCUCUAUGGGCAUUUUCAGAAUUUGGGACCCCCCAAAUAGCCUAAGUUGUUAACAAAAAUUAACUCGCUGUCAGUUUUGUGACGACAAAUUAAGCAUAAACUCUGUCUAAA